UAAAAUUGAAGAAACAAAAGUAGAUAAAGAUGAGUUAAACUGUACAGAAUUUGAAGCUGAAAAUAUUGGUCCUCUAUCAGAAGCUAAUAAUGAAAAAAGUUCUAUAGAUAUUACAGAAAGUAAUCAAGGAAAUUUAGGUUUGACACUGGAGAAUGAUAAUUCAGAAAAAAUUGAAGAAAUGAAAAUGGACAAAAUUGAUGGAGAAAAUAAGAUUAGAAGAAGGAUAUUAACAGUUCACAGUUUAAAGAAAACAGGUGUAAAACAAGAUAUUCAUAAAAGAAGCCAAAAUUGCAAGAAGAAAUAUAAUAAAUGUACAAGAAAUUCUAUGAAAAUAAUUACAUGCAAUAAUGCAAAUAAGAAAUCAUUUAAAUAUAAAAAACCAAUUUUUAAUAAAAGAAAUACAACAAAUGAAAUAAAAUCAAAUAAUUCCAUAAUAUCAAAACAAUCCUCCCAGUCUGAAUUAGCUGAAACCAUAUAUUCCAGCAGAGGAAGAAAGGUAAAACGAAAAAUUAUAUUUCCUACUGAAAUCACCAGUUCCGAAAGUGAUGGAGAGGAUUCGGCAAAUAAUUAUUCUCCUUUUCAAUCAAAGUGUUCUGAAAAGAAAGUGACAAAAAAUAAUUCACCUGAAAAUUCUGUUUCAUCAAAAUUUAUUAAUUCUGAAAAUAUGGUUUGUUGUAUAUUUUGCAGAAAAGAAUUUGAGAGUAAACAAAUGUGGAAUAAGCAGUUUUGUUGUGAAGCAGCUAGUAAAUUUAAAGAUACUAGUGAUCAAUAUGUUUGUAAAUUGUGUAAUACACAAUUUUCACAGCAACAGCAUCUCCAAAAACAUUUACAGGGACAUCAAAGAAACAACUGUCGACUGUGCAAUGCCCAGUUUACUAGAAGAAAAUUACUAUGUAAACAUUUGAGGCUAGUGCAUAAAAUAUCAGAAUCUGAAAAAUUUUAUUAUUGCUCUUAUUGUGAUCGAAAAUUUUUUAAACGACCUUCACUUUAUAGUCAUUUAAAAGAGCAUGCAAAUGGAAAAAUUGUAUGUACAAAAUGUGGUGCAAUGAAUGAUAAUGAAGAAAUGCAUCAAAUACAUAUGAAUAAGCAUGCAGAGGAUGCAAAAUAUCAUUGCGAUCGUUGCGAUGAAAAAUUUGUUCGCCGACAACAGUAUGAACAACACAUGACUGGUCACGAUAAACAUGUAUGUACGCUUUGUAAUACAAAUUUUUCAACAAAGAAACAUUUUAUUAAACAUCGCCAAAUGGUUCAUGGAAUUCAAAUAAAAGAAGAAAAGAAGCAUGAAUGCCAGAUAUGUAAUAAACGAUUUCAACGUCCAACACUUUUGCAGCUUCAUCAGCGCAUUCAUACAGGAGAACAACCAAUUCCAUGUUCUCAUUGUGAUAAAAGUUUUCGUACUGCUAAAGCAUUGACUAAACAUAUGAAAACAGCUAGCCAUCUUAAACAUGUUGGAGAAAAAGAAGGGAAAAAUAUAGAGUUAGAAAAACCAUUUUUAUGUGCACAGUGUGGUGCAAAGUUUUAUCGUAGGCAAGGUCUUCUUCGUCAUAUGCAACAGCUUCACAGUGAUGGUGAAUUAUUUGAAUGCCCACAUUGUGAUUAUAAAUGUAAAUGUAAAACAAAUCUCAAAAGGCAUAUGGAAUUACAUACAGAUAGGAGGCGUUUUGUUUGUGAGAUAUGCGGAGCUGCUUUUCAUGCAUUUGCAACUCUAAAGGAACACAACGCAUAUGUUCAUUCUGAAGUUCGGAAUUUCACCUGUGAACAGUGUGGAAAAGGUUUCAAAGGAAGGAGUGGCCUUAAAAGACACAUGCGUAUACAUAGUGAUGCUCGUCCAUAUGUUUGUCAUUGUGGUCAGUCAUAUAAAAGAAUGUCACACCUCAAACGCCAUAUGGUAUCAGCUCAUCAAGUAAUAUUUAAGAGCAAAAGGGUUAAGCGAAUUAAUGCUCAAGAUUCAUCUGAUGCUGAUACUAAUCUUAGUGCUCAAGAUUCCACUGCAGAAUAUAAUACUGCAAUUGAUGGCCUUCAAGAUACUUGUGAUGGAUUCUCUGUGAUGUUAACAUCUAGUGAUAAUAAUUUUAUGCAUAAUCCACAGAACACAAAUGAUAAUGUAUUAUUAAAUUCUAAUUCUGAAAUGGAUAGAGUAGCUUUAGCUCAGGUAAACAACAAUUCUGAUUAUAUUUUAGUUUCCUCUGUUAAACUACCAUCUUAUUUAGAUAAAACAAAUGAUCUGCAAGCAAUAAAUGGAAGUGAAUCUGUGGUUCUUGAUAUAGUAAAAGAUAACUCUUCAGUCUCUGGACCUCUUGUUUCUCUUUUGCAAUCUCAAGAACAUUUGGCAUCUGGAGCAUCUUCAGUUUUACAAGACGUUCCACCAUCUACAGUUCAGUUGCAAAAUUUAGAUCAUCUUGCAAUCUCUUCAAAUCAUUUUCAAUCUCUGAAUACACCAUCACAAACACCAAUAUCAUCUGAGCAUUUAGUGACUUUAGGUUUAACAGGACCUACGUUACAUCUCACACCACAUUUAUCAUCAUCUAUGUCCGAAGGAGGAAACUCAUCAUGUUCUGUUACAGAAUCUACAUCUGCAGAUAUGCAAAUAAUAUCGUUACAUAACAAUCAAUCAUCACUUUCCAUUGAGACCAAUAAUACAUCUUUGGCAAACAUUCAUCACCAGGAAGUAGCAGCUUCCCUCUCAUUUGCAAAAUUACAGAAUGUUCAAGCUACUCAUCAUUUGAAUAUGUCAUAUCAGCACGAAUUAGAAUCUGUUCAUCCAGUUUCUACAGAUAUUAUUCAUCCAUCGGCAGCCGACUCCCAAACGACGACUAUUUGGGUCACCACAUCAAAUACUCAUGGGCAAUCAAUGGUUUCUCAGUCUCCACUUGUAGUAGCUAAGGUUACAACUGUCAUGACUAAUGAUUCCACCUCAAUUAGUCCUUCAAUUUCUAAUAGUCUUCCUCCUGAAUCAUCCAUGGUUAAAAUGUCUUCUACCUCUGUACCACUUCAACUCUCAAACAAUAAUGAUAUUUUUCCCAAUGGGCAUACAGCCAUCCAUACAUCAUCUAGCCUUCAACCUCAGGAACUGAAUUCUCUAACUCCGCAGAUGUAUACUGAUAGCAUUUGUAAAUUUUUGCCUGUUAUUCCCCAUUAGUAAUUUUUAAUAAUAGAAAUUUGCACUGGUUUGUUUACAAUCACAGAGAAGCUUUACAGAUUAUUAUACAUUUGCUAAUAUGAAUGUUGAAUAACUCAAUUUGUUGACAGGUUUUUGUAUGAUAAUACUUAAAUGUUAGCUCUUUUAUUCUCCCCGAUCCAACUUACGUGUAUGCAUCGGGAAAGACAAAUUGAUUUGGUGCUGUUUUGUGCUAGCAUUUGUUUGAUAAUGUUGGUAUGAUUGAAGUUAUGAGUGUUGUUAAAAUUUUGUAUUUUGUUUCAUACGAUGGCAGAAUCAUCACUGCCAUUUUUGUUAAUAGGAUAUCCAGAGGAUCAUAGAUCAAUAUUUAAACUAUAUAGUCAAUAGUUUUCAUGUUGAGUAUUGAUAAGUUUUCUAACUAUUAGUAAUUCUUAUAAGAAUUAGAUAUAAUUAUUAGUCACAUUACAGUUUUAUUUUGUGAUUUAAUCAAAUCUUAAUCAUUGAUUGCAAAAAAUAUAAUUUAUUUAUAAGUAAUUAUAAAACAAACACCAUUUAAAAUUAUUUUUACAAAAUAUGAAAAUAUCAGUUCUUUUUAUUUAUUUAGAUAAUUUAAUAAUUGUUAGAUACGUUUCUCCUCAUGUUUCUAAAUUUGUUAACUUUCUUUUCCAAUUUUUGACAAUUUCUAAGUAAAAAUAUAAAAUGAUUUGAAAUAUUCCAAUUAAGUAAAUAACUACUAAUAAAUUGUCUGUAACUAUCAAUCAUUAUGAGGGUCAUACAAAAGAUUUUUAUUAAAUAUUCCACAAUUCUAAAAUGCCUUAUGCUUAAAAAAAAGUGAACAUUAAAAACAAACAGGAGAGAUAUCAUUAUAAAAAUGUUCCAGUUAGUCUUCAAUACAGUGCCUUUCUGCAUCUCUGAUUUGUUUAGAAUUCUAUCUACAUAAAAUUUUGUUUCAAUUUGUGAAUGAUAAAUAACACAAUAAAAAUGGACAUGUAACAUUUAAUGAAUUCAAAAAAAUAAUUGUUAAUUUAAUUUAAAAAUUUCAAAGUUUGAAAGACUUACUGUUUCUUAAGAAAACAUUUUCGUCUUUCCAUUUUGGAAUAUUUGAAUGGGAGAUAAUUCUCUAAGAACAAAUAAAAUUGAUAUUAUUUUCUUAAUUGUUAGUUUAUAAUACUUCCAUUAAUGCCAUUAUAUUAGAAAAAACUUUUUUCUACAAUUAUGAUAUUGAAACUAAGUAACUACAAACCAUGAUGAAGACUAAAACUGAUUUGAUAUUCUUGUCAAAGAUGUGUACCAAAAGAAAUGCCAUUUUAAAGAUUUUUAAAACAGUGGAUGUACAUUGUUGCUAUGUUAAGAACCAAUAAUGUUAAUACUAAUCUAAUAAUAAAAAUUUUCACUAUGAUUCCAGCUAAUAAGUACAAAAUAGCUCAUUCCACUUAUGUUUUGUAAAUGAAAUUAUGUAAAGAAAGUUACGAUAAUUAUUAUAAAUUAAAUUACAGUUCACUUGUUAUAUAAAUAUUCAUUCUUUAUUAUUAAAAAAAUUAUUCCUUAUGUCUAAAAUUAAUCAUGGUGCUAGGACUAGUUUUAAUAUAUCAGUGGCCUUGCUACAAAACUCUGCUCAGCAACAUUAUCCGAUUUUAGAAAUAUUUAAAAUGGUUUUAAAAACAAUAAAAUUACAUUAAAAUGUCAGUGAUUUUACAAAAUAAUUGAAAUUUGUCUUAAUAUUAAA